ACUUUUCUUUUUCCCCAUUGUCGGCCUCACUCCAAAACUCAUUCUCAAUCCCAACUCAAAGUCUCAACUUUUUCAACUCUCAAAUCUCACCACAAAACAAAAUCGAAAAAUCCAUUCUCCAGUCUUCAUCAUCCCUCGGUUCUCUGUUCUCCUUCUCCACUCUCUAGUCCGGCGAAGAAGAAACCAUAGGGAGUAGAUUGGCCAGCAGAUCAGCGUUCAUCAUCUCUCCACAUCAAGCAGCAAAUCGACAUCCGGUAGUAGUAGAUCGAUGUCCAGCAGGUAGCAGCAGAUCUUUUCUGGAAAGAAUUUCCCUUCCUCCUCCACUGUGCCUUCGUUCACUGACCUUCAACCAGUAGUCUUCACCCACCGCCAUCGACCUUCACCCAGCAAUCUUCACCCACCGCCAUCAACCUUCACCGGCCAUCCGAGGGGUGCUGUCGCAAAAUACUAUUUUCCUUACUCCUCUAUAGUUAAUCACGCCUCUGUUUCUUCUAUCUGCUGGGCUAAUCUCAAACCACAAGGCCGGGCUAGCCCCAUUACAAAAGGCCCAUGAUAGCCCAUUUCAACAAUGGUAAAGGUGCAGUCCCAAGCUAGCGGCUAUUGGUAGGAGAGGGGGCAUGGAGGUGUUGUUGGGGGUGAAUGGUAUGGUUGUGCGGCAGUUCGCUAUUAAUUUCGGGGUUGAGAGGGAGCUAAUUCAGAUAAGCAGCUCAAUCUGCUCAACUCAGUCUGCAGUCAAUAACGUCACUAACGUUCAGGACUUCCACGCAAACCUGAACGCCACGUUCCUCAAACUCAGGGCGGAGCUCGUAGGCAGCAACAACUUCGCCACGGCUGACGAAGCGCCCGAUUCCGGCCCCACCUACGCCGUGGUGCAGCGCAGAAACCAAGUCUCCCCUUCAGACUGUUUGGCUUGUUUUGACGCUGCUUCCGUUAAAAUGUGGAAAUGCUCCGCCGCCAAUGGGGUCCGCGUCAUCUACGACGGUUGCUCUCUCAGAGAUCAACUCUCUAUGGAAGAUGUCAAGGCAGCCCUGAAUUCAAGAGAAUUGAAGAAGAAGGUGUCCAGAGACAAGAGUGCCAAGCAUGCUCGAUGUUACGAGUGCAAUGAGAUGGGACAUUUCAAGAAAAAUUGUCCCAAGCUCAAGGAGAAGAAAGCUGAAAAAUUCGGUGAUGCCAACAUUGCCAGUUGCAGUGAUAAUUUAGAUGAUGGAGAUUGUGUUCUAUCUGUCUCUACAAACUCCUCCAGUGAGGAAUGGAUUUUAGAUUCGGGUUGCACAUUCCAUGUAUGCCCACAACGUGACUGGUUUGAAACAUAUAAACCAAACACUGGCACAGUGGUUCUUGGUGAUGAUACAGCAUUACCUAUUGUUGGAAUUGGCAACAUCCGGAUCAAGAUGUAUGAUGGGAUGGUCAGAACAUUCGAUGUUCGUCAUGUGCCGGAUUUGAAGAAAAAUCUCAUUUCCAUGAGUGAGCUUGACUCCAAGGGCUACCGAUACUCCUGUGUAGGUGCAGUUCUCAAAGUCUCUAAAGGAGCUCUCGUAAUAUUAAAGGGGAAGAAAGUUGGUGGUCUUUAUUACUUACAAGGAAGCACAGUCAAUGGCACAUGUGCUGUGUCAACUUCAAGCAGUCCAAAUAAAGAUAAAAUUGGCAAGCUAGACUUCUGUGAGCACUAUGUUUAUGGCAAGCAGUGCAGGUUGCAAUUUGGCAAAGAAGUUCAUCGAACUCAAGGCAUAGUUGAUUACAUUCACUCAGACUUGUGGAGUCCCUCACCUGUUGCAUCAAAAGGUGGAGCUGUAUAUAUGUUGAUUUUCAUCAAUGAUUAUUCAAGAAAGGUGUGGGUAUACACCUUAAAGAGUAAGAGUGACAUGUUCCUGACCUUUAAGCAGUGGAAGACGCUGAUUGAGAAGCAGACUGGAAAACAAAUCAAGCGUCUAAGAACAGAUAAUGGUCUUGAGUACUGUAGUGGUGAGUUUGAUACUUUUUGCAAGAAUAAUAGAAUUGUAAGACAUCGCACUGUCAAGAUGACACCACAGCAAAAUGGUGUUGCAGAAAGGAUGAAUCGUACACUUUUGGAGAGGGCACAGUGUAUGCUCUCAAAUGCUGGAUUAUCAAAGGACUUUUGGGCAAAAGCUGUCAAUCAUGCUAGCUAUCUUGUAAAUCGGUCUCCAUCCACAGCAAUUGGAUUAAAUACUCUAGAAGAAUUAUGGUUAGGUUCUCCUGCUGAUUAUUCACAGUUGAGGAUAUUUGGUUGUCCUGUGUAUGCUCACGUUAAGGAUGGUAAACUUAAGCCAAGGGCAGUGAAGUGCGUAUUUCUAGGGUACGCUUCCUGGGUAAAAGGCUAUAGACUGUGGUGUGUUCAGAAGUCACUUCGGUUCCUCAUAAGCAGAGAUGUAACCUUUGAUGAGUCUACUAUGCUCCAAAAAGCAAAAGAGGAGUCUAUAAUUGCAAAGCCAGACCAUGGAGUUAGCAAGCAGGUGGAGUUUGAAGCAAUAACUCCAAAAAAGGCAGUGCGGGACGACAGUAUUAUCCAAGAGAAUCUAGAUGAGGUGCAAGAUCCAGAGCUAACAGAUACUCCAAUGGAGGUGGAGGCACCUAAACAAACACAACAGCAGUAUAAUAUUACUACUGUUAUAGAACCAGUGGAGGCUGAGGAUCCCAACAAUUAUCGGGAAGCAAUUACCAGUAAAGAAUCUCCUUAUUGGCUUGCUGCCAUGACAAAAGAGAUUAAGUCUCUACAUAAGAACCAGACAUGGAAGCUUGUGAUGCCACCAAAGGGACAAAGAAUUGUUGGAUGUAAAUGGGUCUUUAGGAGAAAAGAAGGAAUCCCAGGGCUUGAUGUAAAGACCGCUUUCUUGCAUGGUGAGUUCGAGGAACGGAUUUAUAUGUCUCAGCCAGAAGGGUUCAUAGUCUCAAGAAAAGAAGAUCAUGUUUGUUUGCUCCAAAAUUCCUUAUAUGGAUUGAAGCAAUCACCUCGGCAGUGGUACAAACGAUUUGACAACUUCAUGGUUAAAAGUAGAUUCACUCGGAGCAACUAUGAUAGUUGUGUCUAUCAUAAAAGGCUUAGAGAUGAUUCUUGGGUUUACUUGUUGUUGUAUGUUGAUGACAUGCUUAUUGCUGCCAAAAGCAUGUUAAUCAUUGAUGAGUUGAAGAAGCAGCUUAGUGGUGAGUUUGAGAUGAAAGACUUGGGUGUAGCUAAGAAGAUCUUAGGAAUGGAGAUUCACAGGGACCGCAAGGGAGGUAAAUUUCUCUCUCAAAAGAAGUACAUUGAAAAAGUACUCGAGCAGUUUGGCUUACAUGAAGCUAAGGCUGUGACUACUCCUUUGGGAGCACAUUUUAAGCUUUCAUCAAAUUUGUCACCAGAAAUGGAGGAGGAGAAGAAGUUUAUGGCACGUGUUCCUUAUGCGAGUGCUGUUGGGAGCUUAAUGUAUGCUAUGGUAUGUACUCGUCCUGAUAUUUCACAUGCAGUUAGUGUGGUUAGUCGGUAUAUGGCUAAUCCGGGUAAAGGACACUGGGAAGCUGUGAAGUGGAUCCUCUGGUAUUUACAAGGCACAACAGAUGUUGGACUAGUCUAUGAUCGGAGUGCUAAUCCAAGUGGAAAUGUAGUCGGAUUUGUCGACUCUGAUUUUGCCGGUGAUUUGGACAAAAGGAGAUCAACUACAGGAUAUGUCUUUACUCUCUCAGGGUGUGCCAUUAGUUGGAAAGCUACAUUACAAUCAACAGUCGCCUUGUCAACAACUGAGGCAGAGUACAUGGCAAUUACUGAGGCAGUAAAGGAAGCAUUAUGGCUAAAGGGUUUGGUCAGUGAUCUCAGAGUAGAACAAAAUGAGAUGAUGGUGUUUUGUGAUAGUCAAAGUGCCAUUCACUUGACGAAGAACACCAUGUACCAUGAGAGAACCAAACAUAUUCAAGUUCGGUAUCACUUUGUUCGGGAGGUUAUAUCCAAUGGAGAUGUGCUCGUUGAAAAGAUAUCAACUGACCAGAAUCCUGCGAAUAUGAUGACAAAGCCGUUUUGUACUUCAAAGAAAUUCAAGCCUACAAGAUUUCUUAAUCUUGAAGGGAUUUCUCCAAAUAUGUUAUUACCUCCGAGGCCAAGUCCCAUUAGAGUGGUAGAGAGAUUGGCUAUGGAAUCAGGCAAUCUUCCCGAGAACUUAUUGCGUGCAAGACCUAAUGAUUUCGGAUUGCUACAGUUGGCCAAAGAACUGAAAAAGGCAUCUGGAAUACUACCUCCAAAGUUAUUGAAACGCGCAGAAAAAUAUAUUAAAGAUGUAAGAUUCCCAAGGAAAGGUGGGAUCCCUCCAGUGAAUUGAUUGUCAUGAAUAACAAGAUGUGUAAGCUUGGACAUGGAAGCAAGCUCCACUGGAAGUUUUCCUGUUAACCUGUUGCCAUCAAUGUGGAGGAGAUUGAGGUUGGAGCAACCAGACAAGUUGGGUGGGAGCUUUCCUUCAAAGGAAUUGUAACUCAGAUAUAGCCUCCGUAAUCUGAAUAAACGUCCGAUUUCAGG